UCAUGAUUGCUAUUGUUGCAGGCACUAGACUACUGCCAUUCACAGGGAAUUAUGCACCGAGAUGUCAAACCUCACAAUGUCAUGAUUGAUCAUGAGCUCAGAAAGCUUAGGUUGAUUGAUUGGGGACUUGCUGAGUUCUAUCAUCCUGGCAAGGAAUAUAAUGUUCGUGUGGCUUCAAGAUAUUUCAAAGGGCCUGAACUCCUGGUUGAUUUGCAAGAUUAUGACUACUCCUUGGACAUGUGGAGUCUUGGUUGCAUGUUUGCUGGAAUGAUAUUUCGCAAGGAACCCUUCUUCUAUGGGCAUGACAACCAUGACCAGCUAGUUAAAAUUGCUAAGGUACUUGGAACCGACGAACUCAAUGUUUACCUAAACAAAUAUCAUUUAGAACUUGAUCCUCAACUUGAAGCUCAAGUAGGAAGGCACAGCAGGAAACCAUGGUCUAAAUUUAUAAAUUCAGACAACCAGCAUCUUGUCUCACCUGAGGCAAUUGAUUUUCUUGACAAGCUUCUUCGUUAUGAUCAUCAGGACAGGCUUACAGCAAGGGAAGCAAUGGCUCACCCUUAUUUCCUUCAAGUAAGGGCUGCAGAAAACAGUAGGAUGCGCGCCCAAUAGCAGUAAGUGAAGGAAGAGCAUCUAGUAAUGAAAUGGAAGUGUUGUGAUUGUUCUAUAUUUGAUGGUGGAUUGUCUCUUCGAUUUGGGCACAUGUGCUAUUAAUAUAUCUGUCAAGACUAUUUUCCUGAAACUGGCUUAGCAAUCAACAAAUGUAUGAGAAUCACCAGACUGGUCAAAACGUUCUGUUUUCCGUCACUCUUUAUCAGAUAGCAUGGAUCCAUUUAAUUCUCUAACUUGCAAGAUCUUCUGGUAGGGGUGGCUGGUGAUUUCCGUAGAUCAUCUGUAUCCUUGUAAACUUUUUUCCAAUUUUCUUUUCUUUUGCUGUUUUCUUCUAUCAUAUCUUUGGAAUCA